GGGAGAAGGGAAAGGAGAAAGAUGGGAGGAGAAGGGGAAUUAGUGGAGGAGAAGAGAAAGGAGUAAGAUAGGAAGAGAAGGGAAAGGAGUGGAGGAGAAAAAGGUGGAGAGGCAACGUCACAAUUCCAUCCAGUUUUUUUCUGAGAGGCAUUUUAAAGGCAAUAUAAUGGUCAGACUAAUAGGUAUAAAGAUGUAAAGGCGCAUCUUCCAGGGCUCCUCCUGAAGAGUGUACCUUUAACAGCGCAUCAUUAAGGACGCGUCCUUCAAAGCGCACAUUUAAUAAAAGCGCGCAUUAGCCCCGGCGAUGACGGAAUGCGAGCCAACGAGCCGCCCGGUGCUCCUCUUCUGCCUCCUCGCCCUCGGCUAUGCAGUCUACCUGGCGCUCGGAGCAGCCGUCUUCUCCGCGCUGGAGCUGCCGUACGAAGCGCUCCUGCGGCAGGAACUCCGGGCCAUCAAGCUCCGCUUUCUCCGGGACAACGACUGUGUGGCGGAUGAUCGCCUGGACGCACUGCUGUCUAAAGUCAUGGAGGCCGGCAACUACGGCGUGUCGGCGCUGAAGAACGCGUCGGCUGGUUGGAACUGGGACGUGGCGUCGGCGCUGUUCUUUGCCAGCACGGUUCUGUCCACCACGGGAUAUGGGCACACAGUUCCUCUGUCUGAUGGAGGCAAGGCAUUUUGCAUCUUGUAUUCUGUGAUUGGGAUCCCCUUCACCCUCCUCUUCCUCACUGCGGUGGUGCAGAGGAUCAUGGUUUUCACCACAAGACGUCCAGUGGAGUACGCCCAGCAGCACUGGGCACUGACCCACUCCAGGGUGGCUUCAGCGCACGCAGUAGCGCUGGCAGUCCUCUCUCUCACUCUCUUUUUCAUUGCCCCUGCCAUCAUCUUCUCUGUCCUUGAGGAAGAAUGGAACUUCCUGGAGUCCUUCUACUUCUGCUUUAUCUCCCUCAGUACCAUCGGACUGGGCGACUAUGUCCCUGGAGAGGGACACAAUCAGAGGUAUCGGCAGCUCUACAAAGUUGCCAUCACAGUUUACCUGCUUCUAGGCCUCAUUGCCAUGCUGGUGGUCCUGGAGACCUUCUGUGAGCUGCAGCAGCUGAAGCAGCUGAGGAGGCUUUUCUACCUGAGGAAGGAGAAGCUGGAGGAGCAGCUGGCCAUCCUGGACCAGGACCAGCUCUCCAUCUGCUCCGGGUCUGACCAUGCAGCCUCCUUCAGGCAGGGCAGGGCAGAGUCCUUCGCAGAUACUACCAGUCCUGUGGGGGAGCAACCCCUGACCCCAUGACAGCUGCCGCGACCUAACGACCUACUGAGUAUGAGCUGUGACGCCGCCAUCCCAGGGCUGCUGAUUUCACACUGCUGUCACGGUGACGGCAGCUGAUGUUCCCACACAGAGUAUGAGCUGUGACGCCGCCAUCCCAGGGCUGCUGAUUUCACACUGCUGUCACGGUGACGGCAGCUGAUGUUCCCACACACAGAGUAUGAGCUGUGACGCCGCCAUCCCAGGGCUGCUGAUUUCACACUGCUGUCACGGUGACGGCAGCUGAUGUUCCCACACACAGAGUAUGAGCUGUGACGCCGCCAUCCCAGGGCUGCUGAUUUCACACUGCUGUCACGGUGACGGCAGCUGAUGUUCCCACUGAGUAUGAGCUGUGACGCCGCCAUCCCAGGGCUGCUGAUUUCACACUGCUGUCACGGUGACGGCAGCUGAUGUUCCCACACAGAGUAUGAGCUGUGACGCCGCCAUCCCAGGGCUGCUGAUUUCACACUGCUGUCACGGUGACGCCAGCUGAUGUUCCCACAGAG